AUGAAUGAGAUCCACCAGAUGUCCGAGGCCCAGAUCAAAAUUGCUAAUCCAGUCAAAGGCUUUUCUGGGCCCGCGGAGGUGACCCCGGCCGCAGCCUCGCUCCCUGCCCUGGGCGCGGAGGACCUUUGGCCCGCCGGCAAGCGCUCCUCCCCGCUCCUGGCUCCGGAGGCCGAGCUUGGGCACCGGCUUGCCGGCGCGGGCAGCGUUGGCCGAGCGCGGCGGGCGAUUUAUCCAUUAAGAAAAAGGCGUGGGGCGGGUUGGCCGGGCUGUCGUGCUGACUUGAAAAACUGGACCGAGGCUAACUUUCCUGAUCAAGUAGUAGAUAACCUUCCAGCUGACAUAUCCACUGGUAUUUAUUAUGGUUGGGCCAGUGUUGGAAGUGGAGAUGUUCAUAAGAUGGUGGCGAGCAUCGGCUGGAACCCAUACUACAAGAAUUUGAAAAAAUCCAUGGAAACUCACAUCAUACAUACCUUUAAAGAGGACUUCUAUGGAGAAAUCCUCAAUGUGGCCAUUGUUGGCUACCUCAGACCUGAAAAGAACUUUGAUUCUUUAGAGUCACUUAUUUCAGCCACUCAAGGGGACAUUGAAGAAGCUAAGAAACGACUAGAUUUGCCAGAAUAUUUGAAACUCAAAGAUGAUAAUUUCUUCCAGCUUUCAAAAGGCAAAAUUAUGAAUGGCCACUGAUGGAAAAUUACUGUUAUUUAUUCAUUUACUGUUUUCUGUUAUUUCACUGUUCAUAAUUAUGCAGUCUCAUCUUGGUUAUAUUUUAAAAAUCAAAUAUUAAUAUUUGAUUAAUUCCUAUAGCUGUCAGUUAACUUAAAGUACACAGUCAUACAGUUAUAUACUUCAAUUGUGAAAUCCAUCAUGCUGGAGUGCUAAAAAAGCUUUUAAAAAU